UGAAGAGUUGAAAUUUGUUCAAAAAAACUGUGUGUUAAAAUUUUUCAGGUUACCCGGCAUCAAUUCUCCAGCAGCAGGAAAACGCUUACCCGGAAAACCAGCAUUCGAUUCAGUGGUGUGGGUUGAUGACUAAUCGUAUAUGAACGAGAGUGAGUGUUUUCUUUCACUUUGGUUCUUUUGCCCUGGAUCAGAAGUGCUUUCAUUGAGUCCAAUGUUGGUGCAGAGAUGCUGGACUGUGAGAAGUGCUUGUAUUCUACUCAGGCUUCCUUCCACUGCUCUUGGUGCCAUUCUGGAGCCUCUGUUCUGGCUCUUCCCUUCUUAUCUCUUUUCUUCUCUUCUUCACUUCUCAUCUCUGUCCACCAACACUUCCCUCUUUUUCCUUCUCCAUCAGAGUACUUCUGCUGGAUUUUGGUGUGAAUUAUGGUUCAGGCUGGAGAACAAUAGGGCUCCAACUGGGCUGCCCCCCUCAAAACACAGCCAAAAAGUCCGUUUACUGGGAGGCCCUGGCCGGAACACUAUUUGAACCCCACUCUGCAUCCAAUCACGAUAUCUGAUACAAAACUCCGAAAGUAAACUAAUCGCAAAAAGCUGAAUUUUUCAUCUUCCAUCAUUGAAUGUUAUUCUUAUAAAUAACCAGUUAU